AUGCGCACCAAAGCCCUGGUCACCACAGUGUGCGUCAUCUUUGUGCCCACGCUGCUCAUCUACUACGUCUACUACGACUCCCUCUAUGACCGUACUGUGACCCAGCCGCGACACUCUUCCGCCGCUCUAGUAGGCAGCGGAAGUAGCAGUAGCAGUAGCAAUAAUGUAGUUCCCAUUCUCACUGACUCAGUGCAAUCACACCACAAAUACGCAGGCAUCUGGGAGAACCAGCUGAACCAAGGAGGAGCAAAUGGUGCCGCCUACAACGCCAGCAGAAGGGCAGCGGUGAGGGCGCUCUUCAAGGCGCCGCCCCUGCCGACGCCUGCCGCCAGCCGUGACCCGACGCCUGGAAUCGAGACGAAGCGAGCCUUUGUCCGCGAGAUGAUGAAGGACGCCUGGAGCAACUACGCCCGCUACGCCUGGGGCUACAACGAACUGAAGCCUGAAUCGCGCGAACCAAAGACGGACAGCAUCUUUGGCUCGGCGAAGAUCGGCGCCACCAUCGUCGACUCCCUGGACACGCUUCUCCUCAUGGACCUGAAGGCGGAGUUUGCCACCGCAAAAGACUGGCUCGCCACCAGCUUUCAUUUUGCCGCCACCGAAAACGAAGUGUCAGUUUUUGAGACGGUCAUCCGCUACGUCGGCGGCCUGCUCACCGUCUACGCCAUGACCGGGGAUGAGCUCUUUCUCAACAAGUCGCUCGAGGUGGCGGAGGCGCUGCUGCCAGCUUACGCUACUGAGACCGGACUUCCCCACGGCCUGAUCGUGCCCGCCACCAAGCGCAACUACCACCACAGCUGGGCCUUUGGCUCGAUCCUCUCCGAAAUGGGCAGCCAGCAGCUGGAGUACAGCUACCUGAGCGACAUGACCGGCGACGGGCGCUUCCGCGACGCCGUCCUCCGCAUCCGCAACCGCCUCGACUCGACGCCGAAGCAGGCCGGCCUGUACAUGACCAUGAUGGACAGCAGCACCGGCCGCUGGAAUGAGAACAAGUCGACGAUGGGCGCCCUCGGCGACAGCUUCUACGAGUACCUGCUCAAGUCCCAUGCACAGCACCCAGGCAAUCAACCAGACGCUGCUCAACUCAGCUACCUCGCAGCAGUUGAUGAAGAAUGA